AUGGAUAUAGAUCCAUCGCUAUCAAGAUUCCGGAAUAAUAUUGUUACCAAACCGCAACAAAAUAAUGGUUUCAUGAAAUACAACUCAAAUAUGGCUAGCACGAAUUGCACCCAAAGUUUGCGACUGGUUGAGGUGAGAAUACCAAAUUACGUGGUUAAGGGCUCAUCAGCACUACUCGAAUGCCUUUACGACUUGGAUGGUGAGUCGCUGUACUCGGUGAAGUGGUACAAGGAUGGUAACGAGUUCUAUCGAUAUGUGCCACGAGACAUGCCACCCGCACAAACAUUUCUACUGCCAGGUGUAUCGGUGGAGCUCCAAAAUUCCAGUGAUGCCGUCGUGAUGUUGAGCAAUGUAAACAUGCAGUCCACGGGUCGUUUUCGUUGCGAAGUUUCCGGUGAAGCGCCAUCUUUCCAGACUGUCACCGAACAUGGUGAUAUGGUUGUGGUCUCUCUACCCGAUCAGGGUCCGCCCAAAAUUUCUGGUUGUCGGCCGCGCUAUACAACUGGUGACUGGGUCAGAAUAAAUUGUACAAAUGGGCGUUCAAAACCUGCUGUGGAACUCUAUUGGUAUGUUAAUGGUGAACCGGCUGAAUCACAUGCUCUGCGAAAAUAUGAUACUAUAAUUUCUGGGCGUGAUGGCUUGGAAACUACCAUUUUGGGCUUGCAAUUUCGAGUUGAGCAACAUCACUUUCAGAAUGGUGAUAUGAAAUUAAAGUGCAUUGCUGCUCUUUCAAACUUGUAUUGGCGUAGCAACGAAGAAUCCGUCGAGGGCGAUCGAUCGCAAAAAGCGCCCGCCUUAGAUUCGCACGAAACCGCCUAUGCCAGCAAUUCGCGUGCCGAUCCUGUGCAAGCCAGCAAGACGGAUUCACAUUUAGUUGCGCAUGCGCCUAGUAUGCUGUUGCUUUUGCUGGUGGCGGUGGCCGUUGCUAGCGGUUACCCUGAGCAGCUGCACAUGUGGCAGCAGCUGUCCACGCCCACACAAUGGCUGCAUGAAAAUUUCAAACAAAGGCGAAGAAUCUUCAAACAAUAUCAGCAACAUAAAAAACUACAGCAAUCAAUUGAAAAACGAAUUGCUUCAUGCAAAAGCUAUUACGUAAAUAGAUCAUCUAGAUGGCAUCUUAAGGAAAUCAAUGAAAUCGUGGAACAGCAAUUCAAAGGAGCGCACGAGCUGACAUUUUUUUUAUUUAUAUGCGGAAAUUCAUCCAGCGUUGACUACAAUAACAGCAUCCGCCUGGGUGACAUUUGCCACCAUUGCCGUCGCUCAUUUCCUACUUCUCAUUUUCGUAAAUAUUAAAGCGGCGUUGCCAAUUAAAAAAAUUAUGCACCUAAGGUAACUACGCUGGGAAGUACGGAGUGUAAACAACGAAUUGAGGUAUGCGACCGUGCUAUUGGCAAAUUUUAAGAAAAAAUUUAAAGAUGAAAAUUCAAUUAAAUUAAAAAAAAUUCGAAGGAUAAUAUUCAAAUGCGAUCGCUAAAUAGAUUGCUUUAGUUUAAAACAUUUACAUACUUAUGUUCAUUAUGUCGAAAUAAUGUGUUGUGAUUGGAAUAGGUAGUCCUAAGCAUCCUGUAAACGGCUCAUGAAGUCGUUUUUCCAAAUAAAAUAUUUUUUUUUAGUUUUUUGAAAUAAAAAAUUGUAGGAUUUCUUAGAAUAUUUAUUAAGCAAAACUGGUUUCACAAAUGGCACAAAUUUUCAUAGUUUACUUUGCGAAAAUGAGAUUUUCAAUGCGAAAAAAUAAGUUGUAUAACAAUUAUAUCGUCGUUUAAAGUGCAAAACCGCGUAUCAACAAAAUGCAAAACCGCGUAUCAGCAAAAUGCAAC